AUGCGUCCGCUUGGUUUCCUAGCAAUUGCUUUCCUCGGCACUGCCCUCGCACUACCUGCUGAGAACCCCGACACUUCAGAUGUCUCAGACCCAAGUUCGACUUCGAUCUCUUGGAGCAGUUCAUUCCCUACGCCUAGGGAGCCGGUUCCUGUUGACAUGGAGCCUCGCCCUACUGCCUCGUCUGAGGCUUCUGGUCAGACCUAG